CCCCUUGCAUCUCUGUAUGCCUCAUCACUCUAAAAAAAAUCUGGGCGUGACAGGAAGGAGGAGAACCAGAGGACAAAGCAAAGGAGAGGGGAAGCAGCUAAAUAUUUACAUAGCAUCUCCACGUUUACGACAGCAGCAUGGCCGAGGGCACAGUAUCUAUGGCAGAGGUGGAGACCUCUUUCCAGAAGUUUGCAGUACAUGGAGACACCAAAGCCACUGGAAAGGAGAUGAAUGGAAAGAACUUUGUAAAGAUGUGCAAAGACUGUCACAUUAUAGACGGCAAGAACGUCACCACCACGGAUGUUGAUAUAGUUUUCAGCAAAGUCAAGGCAAAGUCCGCUCGCGUCAUCACGUUUGAGCAGUUUAACGAGGCCCUGACUGAGCUGGCUUCGAAGCGUUUCAAAGGCAAGAGCAAAGAGGAGGCAGUUCAGCAGCUCUAUGGUCUCAUUGCAGGGAAGGAACCUGCCAAUGCUGGAGUCACUAAAGUUGCCAAGGCAGCAGCUGUGGACCGUCUGACAGACACAACCAAGUACACCGGCUCACACAAGGAGCGGUUUGACGACUCAGGCAAAGGAAAAGGAAAGGCUGGGCGUGAGAACAUUCCAGACACCAGUGGAUAUGUGGGAGCUUAUAAGGGUAGUGGUACCUAUGAUGAAAAAGUAAAAAAUCCAUAAGAUAAAAAAAAAAA